AUGUCAUACGUUCCCUUAAUUUGUACCAUCGAUGUGGGUACCACCUCAACACGAGCAAUUCUAUUUACCAAAGAGGGUGAAGAGGUGGCCAAACACCAAAUUGAGUACUCUACAUCUGCUCAAGAAGGUUCGAGAAGAAAUUCCCCUACAAUAUUUUCCAGUGAAGGUGUUGCGUUGAACAUGAAGGACAGCAGAUUGGUUAUUGAGAAUGUGCCAAGCCACCCUACCCUUCUCUUUCCAAAGCCUGGUUGGGCAGAGUGCGAUCCUUGCCAUAUCUUGAAUAACGUGGUUCAGUGUCUGUCUGAGUGUGCCCUGUCUUUAGAAAUAAUCAACAGCAGGUUUUCCAUCUACAAUGACGAUGCCAUAGUAAAAGAAAAGCAUUUACCUUACAAGAUUGUAGCCAUAGGAUUGGCUAACAUGAGAGAGACAACUAUUGUCUGGUCAAAAAGGACAGGUAUUCCUCUAUACAACGGUAUUGUGUGGAACGAUACACGAACUGCCAGUCUGAUGAACAGCUUGAGUAGAAGUACUCCUGUGGGAUUGUUGGACGAAAUGUUGGAAAGAUCUGGAUGCCCAUUAUCGACAUAUUUCUCAUGCUUGAAAUGGAAAUGGCUCUAUCAGAACGUUCCAGGUAUCCGGAAAAGCUAUGAAAGUGGAGAUAAGGAUCUGAUGUUUGGUACAGUAGAAACCUGGCUUAUCUACAACUUGACUCGUGAGCAAUCAUUUAAAACGGAUAUUACCAAUGCGUCUAGAACUGGAUUUAUGAACUUGCAGAAACAUCAGUACGAUCCAAAGUUACUUAAAUUUUGGAAUAUCGAUCCGAAUAAGAUCAACUUAGCUCCCAUAGUGCCAAGCAGUCAUUUUUUUGGUUCUUUCAAGCUACCUGAGACGAAUAAAUUGGAUCCUCAAUUGAAGCAGCUACCUGCUGAUCAAAAGAACUGCUUGAACAGAAUGCUUGAUGGUGUUCCUAUUACUGGUUGUCUUGGAGAUCAGUCUGCGUCCCUCGUGGGGCAGACAGCAUUCCACCGCGGAGAUGCCAAAUGUACAUACGGCACAGGAGCAUUUCUUCUCUACAAUCUUGGACAUAAGAAACUGAUUUCCAGACAUGGAUUAGUAACUACGGUGGGUUAUUGGUUUGAUUCUUUGGACGAAAGUGAAGAUGGAGAGCACUGCAACGAGCCACACUUCUGCCUCGAAGGAUCGAUAGCUGUGGCUGGUUCGUGCAUCCAAUGGCUUCGCGAUAACCUCAGAUUGAUAGACAAGGCAUCAGAUAUUGGACCAUUAGCGGCUGCGGCUCCAGAUUCGGCUGGCGUAGUUUUUGUUCCUGCGUUUUCCGGGUUGUUUGCACCUUACUGGGAUGCCACUGCAACGGGUACAAUUUUUGGAAUCACCCAAUACUCUACAGCGGCACAUAUUGCUAGAGCAGCCAUUGAUGGAGUGUGCUUUCAAGUUCGAGCCAUUUUGAAAGCGAUGCUCAACGAUUGCGGUUCACAGACUGAUUUUAUGGAUCACAGUGAAGAGGCUAAUAACAGUAAUCUCAAAGCAUUGCAUGUCGAUGGAGGCAUGUCCAGAUCUGACGAAGUUUUGCAGAUACAGGCGGAUAUUCUGGGACCAUGCGUCAGUGUGGAGAGAACUACAAAUUCGGAGUGUACGGCUCUAGGAGCCGCGAUCGCUGCAGGAUUAGAAAAGCAUGUCCGGAUGUGGGAUUCUUUAAAGGACGUAAAGAAAUCGAUUAGUAGCCAUCAGAACGGAGAUAACGAAUUCCAUGCCAAGCUGAGCGAUGCGGAAAGAAGAACGGCAUGGAAUCUCUGGGAAAGAGCAGUUGAAAGGGCUCGUGGGUGGCUUUCCGAUAACUGA